AUGAAGCGGGAAUUGGUGGUAGUGGCGGCUGCGACGACGGCAGCCGCAACGGUGGCCGGAGUAGCUUUUUUGGUGAGGCAAUGGAGGCGGCAGAGCAACCAACAGUUGAGCGCACAACGCAUCCUCCGAGAAUUCGCAAGGUGGUGCGCGACGCCGACGUCAAAGCUAUGGCAGGUGGCAAAUGAAAUGGCAUCGGACAUGGAAGCAGAGCUCACCCCCCCCGGUGAUAGAGGUGGAAACCUAGGCGUUCCCGUUUCUUAUCUCGCAGGUCUUCCCACAGGGGAAGAGAAAGGCACAUUUUAUGGGAUAAAUCUGCGUGGAACAAAUUUUAUGAUAGUAAGGGGAAAACUUGAAGGCAGAAACGAAGCAUUGAGUGAUAUGUCCCGACAAGAGAUUGAAAUUCCUCUUCAUAUACUGUCUAGUGAUGACUCUACAAAGGAAUUAUGUGAUUUAAUGGCGGUUGAGGUGGCUAAAUUCGUUGGGUUACACGUGGAGAGUGAUGGGAAGGUGGGAGAAAGAGAAAGGAUACUGGGCUUCACUGUAUCACUUCCGGUAGAUGACCUAUUGCCAUCUUCUGCCCUUCAUUCCAAAUGGAGACGUCUAUCUUUCAACGACGCAGUGGGAGGGGAACUAGCACAAGAAAUGAACCAGGCCUUGAAGAAGCAUGGCAUUGAGAUGCGUGUUUACGCAGUAGUGAAUGACACGAUUGGGCAUCUUGCCGGAGGAAGAUACUACAACAAAGAGAGUGUAGCUGCAGUGAGUCUGGGAAUGGGAACAGACGUUGCUUACAUUGAAUCAUUGCCUCAACAAAUAGUGAAGGAAUCAUCAUCAGAAGCUGCAGAGACGGCUAUUAAUAUGCAAUGGGGAAACUUCUUUUCCUCCCAUCUUCCACUCACCGAGUAUGAUGCCUCCUUAGAUGCCGAGAGCGCUGAUCCGGGAUGCCGGAUAUUCGAGAAGCUUAUUUCUGGCAUGUAUUUGGGAGAGAUUGUGAGGAGAGUGCUGUUGAGAAUGGCGGAGGAGUCUGCGCUGUUCGGAGACGUGGUACCGCCCAAGCUAACCAUCUCUUACUCCCUGAGGUCGCCAGACAUGGCCGCUAUGCACCAGGACACAUCGCAGGAUUACGAAAUUGUGCAAGCCAAACUCAAGGAGAUUUUUGACAUCGAGAGCUCGACUACGUUGGUGAGGGAGAUGGUGACAGAGAUCUGUGACGUUGUGGCGGAGCGUGGGGCGAGGCUGGUGGGGGCCGGGAUCGUGGGGAUAGUGAAGAAGAUGGGGAGAUUAGCCAACAGGAAGAGCGUCAUCACCAUCGAAGGAGGGUUGUAUGAGCACUACCGGAUAUACCGAAACUACCUACACAGCACUGUCUGGGAGAUGCUUGGAACGGAUCUCUGCGACAACGUCAUCAUCAACCAUUCUCAUGGAGGCUCCGGUGCUGCCUCGAUAUUUUUGGCUGCCUCACAGACCGAUCAUUAACCUUUUUCUUGUUUAAACAACAUCGAUUUAUCCA